AUACGAUUUUUUAGUGGAGUAGAACGAGAAAAAAAGAAAGAAAAAAAUCAUUAAAGAAAUCAUAAAUCCAUUAGCCAAAGCUUGAAGCUUGAAGCUUAUUCACUGUUAUUCACCAAAAAUCACUGCAGAGAAUUUGUUCUUGAAGCUUUUAUCAGCAGUCAAGAAUGGCGGGUGAAGGCGCUGGCUCUCAUAAAAGAGACCCCAUCAAAUCCUCAGGCAUUCCUCUACGUCGAACUCCAAUUCUUUAGUCAUAAAGUUUUUAUCUUUCCAUCAAAUUGACACUUUGAGGUUCUAUGGUCUGGAAAUUCGAAUGUUAUGCUGUGCAGUCUUAUCCCCUUAGGUUUCUUUUUUACAUUUAAACUUUGUGAUGCUUUCUUUUUUGUUCACAUGGAUAUGAGCACUGUCUUUAUUAUGAAUUUCAAGUGUCUUCAAGGAACAGCCGCGAAUUUGAGGCUAGGAAGAACACAUUUGGUAAUAUUAGGAGUUAAUUUAGGGUUAGUUAUGUGCAGAAAUGAGAAAUCAUUUGGAGCCCCCACUUAGUUGGUGUAGUGAGCACUGGGCAUAGACUAAGGAAAACACCACGACAUUGAAACAUAACAUGUUAGUUACCGAGCGUGUUAUAAAAAGCGACACUAAUGAUUGUAAGACAUGAUGUAUGGGUGUUUGUGUGGUAGCCAGUUGGGAAUGUUGCAGCACAAAGAAGAAGAGAGAAUGCGGUUACAGUUGGGAAAGAGAGAAGAGAAGCACUGAUGAGGACGAAGCGCCUUUGCAGAGUGGGAGUUAUUGGCGAUGAUUGUGACGCUUCUCUUGAAUCUGAUAUGAUGAUUGAUGAAGAACAAUCUAUUCUGGAGGCUCAGACUUCAUCUUCUGUUGAACAAUUAAAGCUCGCUGUUUCUCAUCAGGGAAAAGGUGCCGUGCAGAAAAGAGUGAAUGCUCUUCGUGAGCUAAGGCGUCUGCUGUCAAGGUCAGCGUAUCCUCCUGUUGAAGCUGCCCUAGAGGCUGGAGCUAUUCCUCUCCUUGUGGAAUGUCUUUCAUUUGGAUCUCCAGAUGAACAGUUGCUUGAAGCAGCUUGGUGCCUUACAAAUAUAGCAGCAGGAAGAGCUGAAGAAACAAAGGCUUUGUUGCCUGCAUUACCAUGGCUUAUUGCUCACCUAGGAGAAAAGAGUUCAUUGACUGUUGCUGAGCAAUGUGCAUGGGCGUUGGGGAAUGUUGCUGGGGAAGGGGAGGAAUUUAGAAGCACUCUCCUCUCACAAGGAGCUUUACUACCUUUGGCAAGAAUGAUGUUUCCAAACAAAGGAUCAACUGUGACAACUGCUGCUUGGGCAUUGUCAAACCUAAUCAAGGGACCGGACCCUAAAGCGGCAACUGAGUUGAUAAGAAUCGACGGGGUGCUUGAUGCAAUUCUUCGUCAUUUGAAGAAAGCAGAUGUUGAGUUGGCCACGGAAGUAGCAUGGGUUGUUGUGUAUCUAUCAGCCCUCUCAGACUCUGCCGCUUCCACACUGGCUAGGAGUGAUCUCUUUCAAAUUUUAAUAGAAAGAUUGAACGGAACGAAUAGCCUCCAGCUGCUUAUCCCGGUAACAAUCUAAACUUAAAAAAUAAUAAUUAAAAAUUGAUUUAACUCUCAGUUUAGUCAAAUAUUAUAUCCAUUGCAGCUGCUUAUUCAACUUUAUAUUUAUAUCUGUUUCAGGUACUACGGACUUUAGGUAAUCUUGUGGCUGGUGACACCGUUGUGAGUAAUGUUUUUCUUGUAGCUGGAACUGAAAUCACAGAUGCAUUUAUCCAAGCACAAGUAAAAUGUUUGAAAAGCGAACAUCGUAUCUUGAGGAAGGAAGCUGCUUGGGUACUAUCAAAUCUAGCAGCAGGUUCGCAGGAGCACAAGAAACUAAUACAUUCGAGCGACGCACUGCCAGUAUUGCUGCACCUCCUCUCAACAGCCACAUUCGACAUAAAAAAGGAGGUAGCUUAUGUUCUCGGCAACCUCUGUGUGGCCCCCCCAAGCGAAGGUUCCAGAACUCCAGAGUUGAUAUUGGAACACUUGGUUAGCCUUGUGGGACGAGGGUGUCUCUCUGGAUUUCUCGAUUUAGUAAGAUCAGUAGACGUUGAAGCUGCCCGACUCGGACUGCAGUUUCUUGAAUUGGUUCUGCGGGGAAAGCCAGACGGGGAGGGCCCAAAGAUUGUGGAGAAGGAAGACGGGAUCGACGCGCUGGAAAGAUACCAGUUUCACGAAAACGAAGAGUUGAGGGGCAUGGCUAAUGAGUUGCUGGACAAGUACUAUGGGGAUGAAUAUGGACUUGAAGAAUAGUAGUAGUAUUAGUAGUAGUGAUUAGUAGAAACAAUUCUUUGGUUUUAAUGAUUGGAUAUUGAUCUCUCAUUUCCUCUCCUCUUGUGUGCCAAAACUCAUCUUCUCAACUGCCUUUUGUACAAAAAAAAUUGUAUCCUGCAUUUGCAACCUCUCACUUUUUUUCUUCAAAAACUAUUAUCUGCUCACUCUGAUUUUUCC